GACGUCAAUCAGUUGACGUUUGGAGUCGGUGAAGGAAGGACGUGCAACGGAGUUGUCCGAUAAAUAUGGAAUAAUGCAUCAAUAUAAAGUAAUAACAGUAUUGGUUUUGUGAAUCUUGUGCUUUUGCUUAACGUCACUGAAGUGAAUCUGUUUGGGUUGUGUUAUCGGGUGUCAAGAUAACUGAGGUUAUCUUACAUCAGAUAACAUUUCUUCAGCUGAUUCUUUAAUCCCUGCUAGACUUAAGGAGUAACACUGGGGUCUAGUGUGACCUUUACCUCCAAAUCUGGGGGAAAACCUCCAUAAAAAGAAAUAACCAUGGGGACAAAUAUGGAAAGAUGCCUGACUCUGUACUUUUUAGUACAGUUAAGUCACCUGGCAUCUAGAAUGGUUUAUGUUGAAGGUCGAUCAUCUGGUUGUCAUGUGAGAUCAAGGUUUCAUUCUCCUUACGUGACUCCACUAUUAGAACAUGUAUCAUCGGUGAGUGGAUGUACCAGUAAAGAAAUUACUUCAAAAUCUCAGGAAGUACAUGUUUUGAGUCUGGAGAAUACGGGGGUUAAUGUUUCGUCUCCUUCUGGUUAUUUACCCAAUGUUGGAUUGAAAGUUAUGCCAAAAAUUCAACACAGCACCCACGCUGGUCCAAUAGUUCUGGUGCUGCAUUCGACUGUUCCUGUGAUGUGGCAGCUUGAAGUGGAACGUUUAUCUGAAAAUUCCCGCAUUGCCGUCGUGGUAACAAACCAGUCUCAGGUAGUUUCUGCUGUGUCACGUUUAUCACGACAGAGAAAGCGCCCGCCUUCUCUUGGAAGAUUAUUAGGAUGGGUACGUCACAAGUAUGGAGCUCUGACGUCGUUAUCGCGAAUUAGCAUGGCCAACAGUGUUAAUCUAUACGUUGGAUUGGAUGAUAAAGCUACAGAUACCUGCAAUACAAGUAGUACCAUUCCGCCAGGAAACAUAAGGGCUGUUCAUGUUCAACCUCAAGCAACCUCAGGUUGUGUAACUGAUAGAAGCAUUAGAGAUCCUAAUCGGGAUAUUCAUAUUGUGGAAUUACUUUCCACUAGUGCUACCUCUGAAGUCACUGUACACCUUCAACCUCAGGGUCAUGUACAAACUACAAUUGAUGCACCUGUUCUGCACAGAAAUUUAUUACUUGUUCUGAAAUGUCAUGUCCCUUUAACUUGGUUAAUUGAAUCUUGGGGCAUACAGGGAACUUUGGAUGUUGUGGCCGAGCACGAAGUUAAAGGCGUAUCACUUCCAAAGUAUCAAAUCCUACGGGUCCAGACUCAGCAAUUGGCUGCCGACACACCGGGUAUAAUGGAAGAUGUGCAGUUUGCUUACGGCACAGUUACUACAUUUACUAAAGCUCACGUGGCUAAUCGUGUAAAUAUGAUCAUUGUUGGAAAAGCAGAUGGAAAUGAAUAUAAUAUUCAAAGUGACAGCAGUCUUAUUCUCAGUCAUACUCCGCCACACUUACCUCAGUCCGCAGCUUCAGUAUCACCUCAACCAUAUCCUGAUGCUAGCACUCCUACUCAUCCCUAUCACUUUCUGCAAUCAAAGGAAAAGCUGCUUAAAGAAAUGAGAGAUUUACCGGGAAUUAAAGCCGCAGAUAAUACGCCAUAUUUAUUUCCCAAGUUUGAAACUCAGUGGGAAAAUAGAGAUCUAGAGAGAACACCCAGUAUGCAACUUAUUCGAGAAAUGGCCAUGGAUUGUCUCGGCGACAGAGUGCGAGUGUCGUUUCCACGUGACAGAGUCGAAAACAUAAUGGACCAGCUUUUAGGAAGAGAAGAUGGAAAACUCAAAGUAACGCUCUCGGAUCCAAAAUGCGGUGCUUCUCGAAAUUUGACUCACAUUAUUUUAGAAUCUACAUGGGAUGGAUGCGGUGCUAAAUUAGUGACAGAAGGCAGAAACAGAGCGUAUUACAAUCAAGUAAUAUUUUGGGCCGAAAGAAGGAGUAAAGCCAUUCUUAACAGUCUUCAACCUCCUCAUGCCUUAGAGACUUUAAUUGAUGAUGAGGAUGUAGGACCGGAAGAUGGAUCAGGAUCCGAUACUCUAUCAGCAAAGUCCAUAAAUCGUCACGAUGCACACAUAUUAGUACCUCUUAGCUUCCAAUGUAUAUAUAAUAUUAGUGGGAUGGGUGAUUCAUAUAAAUAUAGUGAAGGGAUGGCACAUCCUCAUAUUUACAAGAUGAAUUUAUUUCUGGAUAAAAAUUUUACCAAUCCUCUUCCUAGUCAUGUAUUUCCGAUAACAAUAACGGCCAAUGAUUAUGUAUUUGUUGAAACCUCGGUGGAAGCAGGACCACAUAUGUGUGUUUUGGUCGAUGAGUGUUGGUUAUCACGGACAAAUGAUCCUUAUCACGCAACAGCUAAAAAGAGCAUACUCAUAAGGAAUAGUUGUCCAGCUGAUCUGAGUGUUGAAAUACUUCAAGCAGCAUCCUGCAUUUCUCUCAGGAGAAUUCCUUCAGGACAGCGUUUCAGUUUUCAGUUGAGUGAGGAUUUUGUUAACGAAGAUAUAUACCUCCAUUGUCGAUUAACCGUCUGCACCACCUCAUCAAAUAUUCAACUCGGAGGCAUCAAAAAGUGUUUCGAUCCUCAAGAUUAUUGUGUGACGCAAAGUUUGAAACCAUUUUUGGACGGUCCUCCAAAUCGACAUUUCAGUUUGGAAGUGGGAGGACCGUUUCAUGUUGUGUCAAGACCCCGUUCCGAUAAGAAAGAUUCUGAAAAUGGCAUGUCUUCUAUAGAGAAUAAUGAAUGGUCUCGAGGAAAGGAAGAUGUCUCGCAACAGAUAAUAUUAGUUGGCUUAUCGACAGAAGCUAUUGUCGGCAUUGCUUUUGCAUCAUUUGUCAUUGGAGCUGGAUUAAUGGCGAUUCUUUGGGUCAUACAUCUCCAAACAGAUCCAAUGAGACAGAGAAGAAAUCCUCCACAACAUAUGUCUCAUCCUCCUUCACACCACCAUCAUCACUCAGGUUAUGACUUAUCUGGUCACAGUGGCAGCUCAACUCCAAGUUCUCAAGCACCUAUGACAGUCCACGCAUGUGCAUAAUAAUCGUCAGGACUAUUAUUAGAUAACAUAAUAGCAAAACAAUAGAAGCAUAUCAGUUACUAUUUACUCAAAGAUGAUAAAAAAUGGUUCUAAGAUUGUCUCAUUCCAAUAAUUUUUGUAUAUAAAAAUAGUUAUCUAUGCCCCCAUUUUUUUUAAAUCACCAUUGUUAACAUUAUUUGUUCCAAGAGCAGCGUAUAGAGUCGCCGGUAGAGGCUCAUACGGCAGCUGUUUCUCAGGUAUUUUGUUACAAAACUUGUACAAUUGACUUAACCGUAAAUACUUUUUUUCCCCUUACGUUGCAGUCGAACUUCAAAUCAUAUUUAUCUUUUCGUUAUAACAGAUGAGUAUUUACUUUCGAGAGAUUAUUAUUAUU